AUGAUUCAAGCACGCUUGAACGAUGCAGCCAUCGCCUUGCAUCGCGCUUUGGACACGGCGCAUAUAAUUUUUGGCAUCUUCGGCGGCUAUGCCAUUGGUGCUCUGGGAGGCGUCCGCGAGAGCAAGGAUGUCGACUGUCUGGCCUCCGUAUCCAAGGACGAAAUCGUCGAGAUACUCGACGGCAAAGCCGGCUUUCAAGCAAUCCCUCAGAGUCGUCAGGACUAUGUGGCCUUCUUUUGGUCCGAUAAGACUGAUAGAAACAAUGCUGUGUUGGUGGAAAUCUUCUGCGAAAAAUUCCCUGGAUCCAGGUAUAUGAUGGGCAACGUGCCGCGCAGGGCUCUUGUCAUUGAAGGCCUCUCCCUCGGCCGAGACCUUUCCUACUUCCUCGACCCCUUUUAUCUAUUUAAAGGCAAGCUCCGCGCUGCUGCCACGCGGGCUAAAUUCCAUGAUCCGGCAGAUUUAAGAAUGCUUGCGGGGAAAUACGAGAACGUCAUUAAGCCACGAGCCCACGAGCUCGAUCAUGGUUACGCGGGACUCGCCCUGAAACGCUAUGUUGAGCUUGAAAGGCUUUUCGACCGCCUUGGGGUUGAUGUACAGAGGGCGAAGGACGUGGUGAAAAAUUGCGAUCUUGACAAGCUUCCUGCUCCGACUUUAGGUGAUGUGCAGCGUGGUAUCCUCGGGUAG